GACAGCCUCCACUAACCAACCAAAAAAAACCCACUGCAACCGCCAACCGCCCUCGCUCGUCCGUUCUCGGAAUUAUGCCCAUCUCCACGAUCUUUCUCAUGACUGGCCCACGGAGAAUCAGACGACCUGACUCUUAGCUCUACCGCCCAUUCCAGCUUAUCGGAGCUUCCAGACGCUUUCGAUAAGAGGAGAGGGAAGCUUAAAGAAUAAGGACCCCUCUGCCCCUCAUUGUUGUGUCACCGUCCAUCCCAUCAGAUUCCUAUAUAUUUUUCACGAGAUACCCACCACUUUGCUUGACAUUCUUUCUUCAUACCACGAUUCUUCACUCUUAACAUCCUUCAUCUUCAAAAUUAACAUACCUUGCACAUUCGCAAUGGGUCGUCUUUCUGGAAAGAACGCUGUCAUCACUGGCGCUGGAGGUGGCAUUGGUCUUGAGACCUCCAUUCUCUUCGCAAAGGAGGGCGCUUCCAUUCUCAUGUCCGACAUCUCCCAACCUGCUCUCGAAAAGGCCGCCGCAAAGGUCAAGCAGCUCGUCCCCGAUGCUCCCCGCGUCGAGAUCCUCAAAGUCGACGUCUCCAAGGAAUCAGAGGUCCAGGCCAUGAUCGAAUCCCUCGACUCCUGGGGCGGCAUCGACGUCCUCUUCAACAACGCCGGCAUCAUGCACGCCCAGGACGACGACGCCGUCAACACCCCCGAGAACAUCUGGGACCUGACCCAGAACAUCAACGUCAAGGGCGUCUGGUUCGGCUGCAAGCACGCCGUCCUCUCCCUCCGCCGCAACAAGAAAUCCAAGGCCUCCAUCAUCAACACCGCCUCCGUCGUCGCCCUCGUCGGCGCCGCCACGCCCCAGCUCGCCUACACAGCCAGCAAGGGCGCUGUCCUCGCGCUCACGCGCGAACUCGCCAUGGUGCACGCCCGCGAGGGCUUCCGGUUCAACAACCUUUGCCCUGCGCCGCUCAACACACCGCUUUUGCAGGACUGGCUGGGUGACGAUAAGGAGAAGCGCCAUAGACGGGAGGUUCACUUCCCUAUGGGGCGGUUUGGUGAGGCUGUUGAGCAGGCGCAGGCUGUUUUGUUCUUGGCGAGCGAUGAGUCGAGCUUUGUCAAUGGACAUGAUUUUGCGGUUGAUGGUGGUAUGACCAAGUGCUAUGUUACUGCUGAGGGCCCCGCGCAUCCUCCUCCUGAGAACAAUGCUACCAAGGACUCGUUGUAAAGAUUAAGAGAGUGAAGGAUUUAGCUGGAAAGAUAUCUGUAGUAACGAUUAGUAUGAUUCAAUAAUGAAAUAAAUUGUCACAUCAUAAAGACGAAUGUGCCGACAGUCACUUGCGAGGAUGAACCUGGCUGAUCAUAUACAAUAUCAUUUGUAAAGUAGUCAUCAAUAUACAAAAAGAUACCCAAA